AUGGGUGCACGCGGAGGCCGGCUGCUGGACAGACAGCAGUUGAUAGUGGAAAAGAGGGCGGCCAUUUUGAGACAGAGCGACAGGGGCAGGACAGGUUCUGGCUACCGGCUUCGCUGCCCAGCCAUGUCCACAGCCAGCCCUGUGUGGCCCACAGCACGAGUCCUGCGGGCGCCGUGGGUACUGCUGCUGGUAGUCCUGGCGCCGCAGAGGCUGGUGGGGGACGGUGACUUCUACCACUGCACCUGGAAGGUGGUCCUGAACAGGUUCCACUCUGUAGGCCUGACCAACUCCACUGACCGCUUUCUUGAUCAAGAGCCCCAGGAUACAGUGGACGGCGUGUUCAACAUGUUGGUGGACUCCCCUGUUGAUCCUAAAGAGAAAUACAUGGGCUUCCCUUACUACCUGAAGGUCAACUACACCUGUGAUGGACAGCCCUCUGAGGACCUUGUCCGCCAAGGCCACCUGAUGGGGAUGAAGCCCUUGGUGCUGGUCACCUUUAACCCCCCAGUCAACUUCUACCGUUGGAAGAUGGAGGUCCUGCAGAUCCAGAUGGAAGCAGCCCCCUUUCGCAACAAAGAUGAGUGCUUGGCAGCGGAGGUGUGUGGCAUGAGCUGGUACACACCCAUGCCCAUCAAGAAUGGCAGCGUGGUCAUGCGUGUGGAAGUCAGCACAAACGGCCUGGGGCCCUACAUCCCCCCGAAAAGUUUCUAUAUGAACAUCAAUGGUUUCCUGAAGAGAGACUGGGCACAGAUAGCCCGCUUCACCGUGGGAGAUGAGCUCUUUAAACUGGAGUCCAGGUACUUUGAAAAUGUCAGUUCAAGGGCUCUGAGGUUCACUGUGGACCAUUCUCCUGUGCUCAUCCUGGGUGGUAUUCCUGACGAGAAGAUCAUCCUGAUGACUGACACCAAUUUUGAGGACUUCUCUAUUGUGGAGCUGAGCAUUGACAGCUGCUGGGUGGGCUCCCACUACUGCCCCCAGUCUGGCUACUCAGCCACCAUCCUUGACGUCAUCUCCACGGAGAGCACGCUGUUCAUUCGGCAGAACCAGCUGGUAUACUAUUUCACAGGCACCUACUCCACGCUCUACGACAAAAAAGCCGGCAGCAGUGGCUGGGUUCGAGUCCUAGCCAGUGAGUGCAUCAAGAAGCUGUGCCCUGUGUAUUUCAAUAGCAAUGGCUCUGAGUACCUGAUAGCUCUGACCAUGAACAAGCAUGAAGGUUAUCUUUACCUGGGGACCAUCAGAGAUGGUCAUGUGUCCUUUGAGAUGUUGCCCAAGCAAGCAUCUAUAUGCGAGCUGCUAAAAGCUGGCAACUGCACCAUCAUCUGGUCAGUGUACAUCUCCGCCGACUUCAUCCUCCAGAUCCUGGUGGAGAAAGAAGUCCCUAACUCCACUAAGAAGACUCACACCCUGCUCCGCUAUGAUACAGUGAAAGAAGAAAUGAAAGUCCUCUACGACCUCCCAGAAUACAUUCCUGAUACUCAUGGCUUGGAGUUCCUGAUGAUUGUAGGAACAGAGACUUUCACCACCAUUCCUAUGACACCCAAGGGUAUGUUCUUCAACAAUUACAAUAACCAGCUGUUUCUCUGGGGCAACUUCCUCAUGCAAAGCUACAAUGAAGAAAACUUCAUCUACCUCUCAGAUUUCCCCCACGACUCAGUCAUCAAAUACAUGGUGAACUCAUUCCAAGGGGACGUGGUUAUAGUCACAGAGUCGGAGGAUGUCUGGUACCUUCAGGAGGGAAGCUACAGAGUGUACAGACUCAUCCCAUCCACUGGGUGGGACAUCCACAGGAGUCUACAGAUGAUGCUUCACUCCUCUUUCUAUGCUAACAGGGAGACCAUGAUCACUGUAUUCUAUGAACAUGGCGAGCUGUUCCAGCUUGUGUACCUUAAAGACGACAGUACGCAGCGUAUUGUCAAAAGGAUUGUGCCUGUGGAAAAGAUUCUGUUAUACCAAGAACACACCCACCACAAAGUGAAACGGGAAGGGGGCUACCCAAGGCUCACCUUCGCUGACCCCUGUCCCUUCAUGGUGAUGCGCCUGCGGGACUUGCCUAACCCCCAGGCCUAUACGCGGGAGGAACGCUACAGAGCCCGGCCACCAUUUGUCAUGGACCAAUCAGGCUUUCACAACGAGAACUCCCUCGCGGUCUAUCAAGGCCUGGUCUACUACCUUCUCUGGCUGCACUCCAAGUAUGACAAGCCUUACGCGGACCCUGUGCAUGAUCCCACCUGGCGCUGGUGGAAAAAUAAGAAACAUGACCAGGAUUAUUAUUUCUAUCUGGCCAGCAACUGGCGGAGCACUGGCGGUGUGCACAUUGACAUGGAGAGCUACGAAAAGAUCUAUGACCUCAAAUCCAAGUACACGCUGCCCACGCGCAUUUUCCUGGAUAAGGGCACUAUGUACAACUUCACCAUCUUCCUGACCGCCACCGGGACCUCCUUCUACAUGCCUGACGAGCUCGGGUCUGCCUUCCAGGUGCAGAGCAAACUGGCACUGAGUGUGGUGGUGGCCGAUCCAAACUGCAUCGAGGCCUUAGUGAAGCAGGAAGUCCUUGUGAACCGGAACUCCGUGCAAUUCAUGGUGAGACUCAGGGAUAAACGUGCCUGCUAUGGACAGGGCAUCAGCGGACAUAGCCUCAUGAAGACUUCCAUGAUGAUCAAGGUGGUGGGUUCUUCUGGUCGCUGCUUCAAGAACACGAACCAAGGGCUGAAGACGCAAGGCAGCCUGAUGGUGCCAGUGCUUAUCGGCUGCCCCCUAGGCAAGCGCCUGGCCUUCGACAUCACCUACACUCUCGAGUACAACAGCCAACAGAACAAACACUACUUCAACUGUGUGAACAAAGACCCCGAGAUGCCCUGCUUUCUCUUCCGCGACAUCUUCUACCCUUUCUUCUUGAUUCAAGAUUUGGUGACAGGAGAGUCUGGCAGUUUUAAGGGCAGCUAUAUUCUGAAGGUGGUGGGUGGUGGGUCCACACUGGAGAGCAUCAAGGACUACACAGAUGAUGAGAUCUACCGCUAUAACAGCCCACGGGACAAAACCAACAGCCUCAUCUGGAACACAAAGACCAAAAAAGCCACCCAGGACAUGGAGUUCCACAUCCUGUCCUAUGAGAGCACAGGCAUCGAGUGGCUGUGUCUGCAGAACUCCCCGUGCCAUGACACCCUCCCCCAAAACAUCUUUGCCCCCGAGUUCUACUUCAAGGUGUUGGUGAGCAAUAAAGGUGUGGACAAAAGCACAUACUGUGACUACAAGCUCAUCUUCCUGCUGCAUGUUCACGGGCUCCCACUCAGUGGCAAGAGGGCCCUCUACAUCAUCAUAGUGUCAUUCAGCAUUUUUUUGGGCCUGGUGAGCUUUUACAUCAUCUUCUGCCUUGUGUGGCCCUACGUGGUGAAUGCUUGGGACAAUCUGCGUUGGAAAAUCAACAAUUUGAUGAUCUCAGAGUCCUACUACACCUAUGCCACCUCUGUCGGACCCUACAGCAUGUCAUCUCAGGUGACUUUCAUGGAGCCCAUCAAGGAGCUUGACAAUGUUCCCUCCAAAAUGGUACAGGACAAGGCUGAACCUGAACCAACGUCAGAGAAGAAGCCAGAGACGUGA